UGUCCAUUCUGUCCAUUCUGUCCAUUCUGUCCGUUCUGUCCACUCUGUCGAUUCUGUCGAUUCUGUCCACUCUGUCCAUUCUGUCCAUUCUGUCCGUUCUGUCCACUCUGUCCAUUCUGUCCAUUCUGUCCACUCUGUCCACUAAUCUUUCCUUCCAUAUCACCAAAUUUACUACCUGAGAAUCAUGAGAUCAACUCAGUCUAUCUUGGAUCUCAUUUACAAGACAUGGACAAAUCUCAAUAGCAGCCAGACCAUUCCUGAAGGCUCCAUCGAAUUGCUGGAGGAGCGCUUAGCUAUAGCCUUCAAACCCAUACUCACAGAGCAACAUAGUACCAGCAGACGUCAAAACCGAGACUAUGUGGCUCAACAUCGUUGGAAAAGGGCUCGACAAAUUUACCUGGAAGUCCUUCAGACAGAUCCAGAUAUCUUCCUCCCUUUUAUCCUGAGUGUUUCCCCGAGAAGUUGCUCAUCCUUUGAUAUCUCGAACUUUCGUGAGCAUCACCAAAAGAAGGGGAGGCAUUUUCUCCACAACAAUGCACAGUCACUCCUUUGGAAUAUCGCUAGGAAACAUGACUUUGAUAAAGCUACCCGUUUUAUACAGUUCAUGCGUACAAUUUACCCAUUAUCUCGUCCGACAACUGAGGCUGAGGGCGAACAGCAUUAUUCCCUAUAUCUAAGUAAUAUUACCGCGAUUCGCAAUUCUUUUGGUAAUAUUGUCUCUGAUGCAAUUGAACACUCUCCUAGUCGAACAACAGCAAGAGCGAAUGGUUACUAUUCGGAGAAAACUGAAAGUGUCUGGACAAAAAUUCCGUAUGAAUGCUCAGAAGACACAAUUAUCUCUCUUGAGGUAGGGUCGGCUAUCGAACUUGCUGAUGUGUUGUUUCCAACCGCCGCCCGAAGAAUUGCUUCUGUUCUCUCCGCAAAUUCUUCUACCAUGCCCCAGACAAAUUCUUCUGGAAUCGCUUCGGGCUCAGGGACUGGGGGCUCACUUGCAGCCUCACCAGAAAUCGAUUUUGCGUAUUUUACUUUGCGAGGAGCAUCGGUCUCGGCAAUCGCAUCAGUCUUCGGCAGCGAUAUUUGCGAAGGUAUAAAGGACAGCGAACUGAGAAAUUGGGAAAGGGAGCAGCUGUUAGUCGAUACGACAGACUGUGUCACAAUGCAGAUAUGGCGGGCACAACCACAUCAUGGAAUCAUCCGGUUGCGCAUCGGAUUUUAUGCGGGGGUAAAUUUGGCGAAUCGGUUGUAUGCAGAAAGCUCCCAGGAUAGCAUUUAGAGAAUUGUCGUCAUUCUGCCUUUAACAUUUAUUCCGUAUCUGUAAGUCGCGAUCUCCCGCCCUUAAUAAAUACACUAAUCUUAGGAGGGAGUAUGAUUUCACCACUCCCCUUGGCGAUCCAGAUGGUCCCCUUCUCGUUCUGAAACCUAACUUCAUCACAGUUGAAACAAUAUAGAUUCCUUUGGAAGUUCUCUGCGUUAUAGGUGGUGAACGGGUGCGUGAGAUAUUUAUCAAAGAUAGCUGGGUCCGAGAGAUUUCUCCAUGCCUUGCGCAAAUACUCUUCUGUCAUUAGUUCUGUCAUACUCGAUAGGGGUGUCGUUAUUAGAGUUACGUCGGCCUUUGACGCGGGGGUUUUUAUAAGCGUAUCGUUUUGAAAUAUAUAUGUCUUCAAAUAGCCCACACGGAUGGGUAGUUCAAUAAAAUCAAGCGAAGGUCUCUAAAAAGACUUCGAAAGAAAAUGGCCCAACCCCACUAUCGACAUUUCAGGUACCCAUCCCGCUCAGCCACACUGUGGCUAAUUUCGC